CAGAAGAUGUCCGGAGAGCUCGUCAUAAACGAGGCCGACAGGCCUCCGUAUGCAUUUUUCUUUGGCGGCAUGGGCGCCGCUUCAGCCAUCAUCUUCUCGGCUCUGGGCGCCGCCUACGGCACAGCCAAAUCGGGCACGGGCAUCGCUGCCAUGGCCGUUAUGCGUCCGGAACUGAUCAUGAAGUCCAUCAUUCCGGUGGUUAUGGCCGGCAUCAUUGCCAUCUACGGGCUGGUUGUGUCCGUGCUGAUUGCUGGCUCCCUCUCGCCCAUGUACACCAUUCGCAAGGGUUACAUUCAUCUGGCCGCUGGGCUCUCCGUUGGCUUCUCGGGCCUGGCGGCGGGCUUUGCCAUUGGCAUUGUCGGCGACGCUGGCGUUCGGGGCACUGCCCAGCAGCCACGCCUCUUUGUGGGCAUGAUUCUGAUUCUGAUCUUUGCCGAGGUGCUGGGGCUGUACGGCCUGAUCGUGGCUAUUUAUUUGUACACCAAGUAGAACUUUGGUUCAUGC